AUGUACCCCACCGUGUCCUUCGAUGCUCCUACAUACUCCUCUUCGGACUAUUCUUGGGUCCCGGCGCCUUCCACAAGUGUCGCUGGGGGCAGGAGUAAUGGCUCCGGGAAGCUGGAGAGUGCUUCCUCCUCCCAGCCAACACUGCGCGUCGUGAUUGCCGAGCCCUUCCGCAUCGCACCCCCGGUGCGGGUCUCCCCCAAGCUGCAAGCCGUGCUGGAUGCCCAGCCCUCCACAAGUCAGCCGCCCAUCCGCCGCAAUCCCUCCAACAGAGGCAACUUUGACUAUGAGCAGGGCGUCCUCAGACGGGCGCCCGGGCCCGCCUCCCCCUCCACGCAAGGCCCAUGGCGGACCGAGGCCGCCAAGUACGAGGGCAUGGGCUUCGCCCCCCUGGACGUCGCGCUGGCGGCCGCCGCGGCGGGGCAGGAGCAGGCGCACCCCGAUCUCAUGGCGCAGACGUGCAGGGCCGUGGCGGACCUGAGGAGCAUGGGGUUUGACCCCGUGCGCGUCGCGGGGGCCCUGAGCCUGCACAAGGGUGACGUGUCUGCCGCCACGGAGGCCUGCCUGAGCGCCGCGGGCGCCGGGUCCUGA